UCAAUUUCUAUAUUUUUGUAAUAAUUUUCCUUGACAUUUUGCACUAAAACAAAAUUCUUGGUACUCAUAUAUAGUACAACGGAAUGCAACACUGCGCGUUCGGGGGGGUAAUGUCAAAAUUUGAAGUGAAGAAACUCAAAAGAAAACACAGAUAAAUUAAAGUACAUAAAUAAGUAUUUUCACUCACUGAUGCUGCUGUUUUGUACUUUCGGGGAGGAGUAACAAUAAGCGCCAAUAAUACCAAUAAUAAUAAUUAUAAGCCACAGGAACAGCAGGUGGAGUAAUAAAUAGCAAAAUAAUAUUUGUGUCCAGUCACCAAACAAGUUCAGGAAAUUGAAUGAGGUGUAAAAUAAAGUGGAAGAAAGAAACUGAUGAGAAGACAUUGCGACAGAUUGUCUGCUAAACGCGACCCUCGUCGCUUAUUUGGCAACAGCUUAGAACGUCUGAGUGCCUCAACAACUUGGAUUACUUUGUUACCACGGUUUCGCAAGUACCCCCCAAAUGAGUCAGCUCAGCUUAGUGAUCCCGUUGAACUAGCUUAAUAACCUGAGGGGAAAAAAAUAUAUCAAUGCACUUGUACUUUAAUAACCAUCAAAAAUCAGAUACUGCCCGUCGUUCAUUUUUACUGCCAAUGUUGCACAAAUAUAGUAUUAUAUUAUUAUAAAAUCAUUAAAUCAUCAAUUGGCCUGCACCUGCGUGUUUCACUACAUAAUCGGCUACGGUAGGCAGUCACAUUUUGACGACAAGCCUCAAGCAAUUAGUUUGCUUAAUUAAAAGAAAAUAAAAUAAAUAAAUUAAAUCACUAGCAUAGUACUGCGAUGGGAAAUUGUCUUCACUGCUUCCAGACAUCAUCAGAAAUAUCGGCUGCGCCGAAUAUUGCUUCCGCGCCCACUUAUCAAAAGCCACACAUUGAAGAAACAGAUGAAUUGCUCUCGCCCAGAAGUCCACUCAAGAAUGCAAACAAUUGUGAUACUAAUCGAAGUAGUUUUAAGAAAUCAUUGGUUCUAAUUAAUGGAGAUGCCGCCACAAUGAGUGAUAUAAUAACAACGGCCGUUAAAGAAUCACGUGAAGUGUCCGAUAAUACACUGAAUCAGCUAUUCGAAGAAUAUAAAGAUCCAGAUGAAGAUACGAUACUCACUGAAGGCAUUGAACGUCUCUGUCACGAUCUUAAAUAUCAGCCCGACGAGUUCGCCAUACUGGUGCUUGCCUGGUGUUUGGACGCAUCGCAAAUGUGUCGUUUUACCAAAACGGAAUUUAUUGAUGGAUUACACAAAAUGUGCGCAGAUUCUAUCGAAACUGUACGUAUAAGACUGGAGCAAACAAUUGAAAUGCUCAAAGUGGACACGGAAAUGUUCAAACAACUCUACCGCUUCACAUUCCGUUUUGGUCUAGAACCUGAUCAGCGGAUUCUCUCCUUGGACAUGGCCAUCAGUCUAUGGAAAUUGGUAUUCACGGUGCAUACGCCAGAACUGCUCGGUAACUGGGUACAUUUCCUCGAGCAGCACCCAAGCAUACGUGGCAUACCGAAAGACACAUGGAAUAUGUUUUUAAAUUUCUCCGAACAAUGUGAUAUCAACAAUUAUGACGAUACUGAGGCAUGGCCAAGCUUAUUUGAUGAUUUUGUCGAUUAUGAACGUUCCCGACUGACGCCACUUACUGGAGUUGCGGAAAGUGAGAGUGCAGCGGAGAGUAGUCAUGAUACAACAGGCGCCGCAAUUGUCGUAGCUACAGAAAACACACAAUUCGAGGAAUAUGUCGCAGCCGAUUAUGCUGACGAUGACAACAAUAAUGAUGAUUACAGUAAUCAAGCGCAUCCACAUGCAUUGCAUCCGCAUCCAUCGCAAGUAGGGAAAACAGACUCAACAGCAACAACGGGCAUACGCAGCGCCAACGAUGAUAUAUUAUAGUAUUAGUUAGAUACUUGUUCGUAGAACGACGAGUUAAAUGAUAUAACGCAAUGAUUUGAUACUUGUUUUAGUUUUAUAUUAUAUAUAUAUUUAGCUAAACGAAAGUCUUAAAAAAAAAAAAAAA